AUGGCCAUUCCUCUUCCUGGCCCUCCCCCUCCCAGCCUUGGUUCAAUGAAAACUUUAUUGAACUGGGUGUGCAAUGUAAACUGGUACAGGCAUGAAUCGAACUGGAAUUCGGAUUUAUUCAUGUCUGUCUCCCAGCAUGCUUGUGUCACCUCCCAAUUGAAUCGCCCGUGUGUGCUUGCUGUCGCUCACUCCAUGCCCUCUAAUGUCAUUUCCUCACUUAUGCAUCCCCAAACCAUCUCACGCGCAUACAGGUCUCUUUCUCACAAUAGCCUGACGGGCUCCAUUCCCAGUGACAUAUUCUCUCUUCGUCAGCUCACUUAUCUGUAUGAAGCACCUCGUUAUAGUCUGGUUUCAAUUACGCAGAACGAGUGUUGA